AAGCGAGCGCUCGUUUACGGGGCGGCUGAUUCGUGGGCUUGUUUUUCCACCAGCGGCAUCUCUGAAGAGCGGCUGCAGCACGGGCCAUGCCGUCCGAGAGUCGCUGCUGGGAGACCCUGCAGGCGCUGCGCAGCUCCGACAAAGGUCGCCUCUGCUACCACCGCGACUGGCUCCUGCGGGGCGAGGAUGUUUUAGAAGAAUGUGUAUCCACUCCCCAGCUAUCUUCUUAUGCUGGAUGGGUGGUAGAUCAUGUCCUACCCCACACACAAGAGAACCUGUCUCCCUCUGAGACGUCAACAUCCUCUAGAUCCACUUCAGGCCUGGACCAACCUUCAUUUGUUCCCAAGUCUCCCAUCAGAAGCCUUGCCUUCUCACCAGCAUCCCCAGGAACACCAGCAACACCAGGUGGGACCAAGGGCAAACAUGAGUCCCAGCACACAGAGCCCAUGUUACUGCAGUCCUCCAGGGGCAUCAAGGUGGAAGGCUGCAUCCGAAUGUAUGAGCUGGUGCACAGAAUGAGAGGAACAGAGGGCCUGAGGCUGUGGCAGGAGGAGCAGGAGAGGAAGGUGCGAGCGCUCUCUGAGAUGGCAUCUGAACAGCUGAAGCGUUUUGAUGAACGGAAGGAACUGAAGCAUCAUAAAGAAUUCCAGGACUUGAGGGAAAUGAUGGAGAAGAGCUCCAGAGAAGCCCUGGGGCAGCAAGAGAAGCUGAAAGCUGAGCAUCGCCACAGAGCCAAGAUUGUCAACCUGAAGCUGUGGGAGGCAGAGCAGCAGCGCCUGAAGCAGGUGGAGCAGGAGCGGCUGCGGAGGGAGGAAGGCCAGGUCCGCCUGCGGAGCCUCUAUGCCCUGCAGGAGGAGCUGCUGCACCUCAACCAGCAGCUGGACUCCGUGGGCCAGCACAGAGACCUGAAGGUGGACCUGCUGGCCUUGCGGAGCCGAGGCAACCAGCUGUGCGGCCUCAUCUCGGGGAUCAUUCGGACCACUUCAGAGAACGGCUUUCCCACGGCAGAGGACCAAGCCGUGGCCGAGAGCGCGCUGCAGGAAAUGCGGGACCUCCUGACGGACGCCAGGGCGUGUGAAGACAAGAGGAGGCAGGAAGAAGAGGAGGCCCAGGUGAAGCGGCAAGAGGCACAGAUGCAGCAGAGGCCAGAGGUCCGCAAAGAGUGCCCCGCUCCCAGCCAGGGCCCGGGAGGGAAACGGAGCGAAGACCUCCAGGUGAAGGUACAAGACAGUACAAUGCAGUGGUACCAGCAGCUGCAGGAGGCCUCCCGUCAGUGUGUGCUGGCCUUUGAGGGACUGACCAGCAGCAAAGACAGUCAGGUCAAAAAGAUCAAGAUGGACCUCCAGAAGGCCGCCACUAUCCCCGUGAGCCAGAUCUCCACCAUCGCAGGCUCCAAGCUGAAGGAGAUCUUUGACAAGAUCCACAACCUGCUCUCUGGAAAACCUGUUCAGUCUGGUGGGCGCUCUGUGUCCGUCACCCUGAACCCCCAGGGCCUGGACUUUGUCCAGUACAAACUGGCAGAGAAGUUUGUGAAACAAGGAGAGGAGGAGGUGGCCUCUCACCAUGAAGCUGCGUUCCCCAUCGCCGUCGUGGCGUCCGGGAUCUGGGAGCUGCACCCGCGGGUGGGGGACCUCAUCCUGGCUCAUCUGCACAAGAAUUGUCCGUACUCUGUCCCUUUCUACCCGGCUUUCAGGGAGGGAAUGGCUUUGGAAGACUAUCAAAGAAUGCUUGGCUACCAAGUGAAGGAUUCCAAGGUGGAGCAGCAGGACAACUUUCUGAAACGGAUGUCCGGGAUGAUGCGUCUCUAUGCUGCCAUCAUCCAGCUCCGGUGGCCGUAUGGAACUCGACAGGAGGUUCACCCUCAUGGCUUAAACCAUGGCUGGCGCUGGUUGGCACAGAUACUGAACAUGGAGCCCCUGUCGGACGUGACAGCCACCCUCCUCUUUGACUUCUUGGAGGUGUGUGGGAAUGCCCUCAUGAAGCAGUAUCAGGCCCAGUUCUGGAAGAUGAUGCUUCUCAUCAAAGAGGACUACUUCCCCAGGAUUGAAGCCAUUACAAGCUCAGGACAGAUGGGUUCCUUCAUACGCCUCAAGCAGUUCUUGGAGGCUUGACCUCAUUUCUCAGGCAGAGUGCCCAUGUUGUUGGCAUAUCAUUGUCCUACAUCAUUUUAAAGCAAAUGUGAUGAUGAACUGAAAAUUCAAAACCCUACACAUCCCUGAAAUAGAGGAAUGGAAUUCUGGGGAUUUUCACCCAGGCACUGAGAGCUUCCCCCCACUUCUCAAGCUUCCUCUGAAGAUAGCAGUGACAUAAUGAAGUUUGGAUGUCUUCUAUCUCAGUGCUGGGACACCCCAAAGAGCCCCAGAGCUUCACACGGGUGCCUUAUCGGGCCUGCAAAUUCAUCCCCUUUUGUCUGUUCCACCUAAUGAACUUCUGAUACUGAUUUCCUGUAGUCUUCAGGCCGUUGCUGAAUUUAUAAAAACACCAAUUUUAAAGGAAUUUAUCCUCUAGGUUACAGCCAGGCUUCCUUUCUAAAAAAAAACAAUUACUUUAUACAGAUGACGUAUUCAAGAAGCAUUUUUUUCUUAGCUCCUUCAGGACAAUUACACUAAAUGUACUAUGCGAUCCUGGACCAGAAAAAAAUAUCUUCUUGUGUGUUUGUCCUAUAAAGGACAUUGGGACAAUGGCAAAACUUGAAUAAGGUCUAUAUGUUAGGUAAUAAUAUUAUGUCAACAUGAACUUCCUGACUUCUAUUAUCGUACUCUGCUUAUAAAAAUGAAUGUUUUUGUUCUUCAGAAAUAAACAUGAAGUACUUGAGGUAAGUGGGCAUGAUAUCUGCAACUUAUUCUCAAAUCAUUUGGGGCAGGAGGUGAAUAAAUGCCUAGGCACAUUGUGUGUGUGUGUGUGUGUGUGUGUGUGUGUGCACGCGCGCGCGUGUGUGGACACGUAUGUAAUGCAUAGAAUAAUAAAGUACAUGUGGUCAAAUGUUAACAAAUUGGGGAAUCUGGGUGUAGGGUAUGAGAUUUCAUGUUAUUAUUUCUGUAACUUUUCUGUAAAUGUGAAAUUACUUCAAAGUUUAAAGAGAAUCUUCCCCCACCCCGCCAAAACAAAUGAAAACCCGGCUGACAGUCUAAUGAGGUGACAAAGUCCAGCUCUGGGAUCCACAGUGAAGGUUACCUUGAAGCUAUCAUCACCCCGUGGAGCGUGGAGCGUUGACUGCAAACAGGUUUUACAAGGUGCUUCCUAUGUAAAGUGAAAUAGGUGACUUGGAGAAUGGAAUGUUAAGUCAAUGGAGACUGAUUUCUGGACUUUCAGGGCUCAAUGGUUUGAGCUAAAAGUGAUGGGAGCUCAGAAGACAGAUCCGUUUCACUUAGGGCAGCUUUUCCCAGAGAAUUUUUCUGCAGGAUCCU